UCUCUCCGCGAUAGUACUCGCGCCCUAAGUACUAGACCGACUAGACCACCUAGAGGGGCUGCUCGUAUAAAAGCGCCCGCCUCCCAACCUGGCCAGUGCUCCACGCAACACGACAACAUGAAGGCUAUCCUGUGCGUUCUCCUGUUGGCCGCAGCUGCCUACGGCGCAGAAGAGAAGAAGAAUGAGAAGCGCGGCGUACUAGGGCUCGGUUACGGCGGGCUUGGCUACGGCGGGCUGGGCUACGGCGGGCUGGGCUACGGCGGGCUGGCACAUGGAUACUACGGCGGCGGGCUCGGACACGGGCUGGGACUGUAUGGCGGGCACGGCUUGUACGGCGCGCACCUCGCUGCGCCCAUCGCCGCGCCGAUCGCGCAUGCGCCCCUCGUCAGCCAUAGCGUAGCCGCACCUAUCAGCGUUGGAUACCACGGCGCGCCACUUCUUGGCCUCGGCCACGGCUGGCAUUAGGCCGCCGUCUUUCGGCCCCGGCCUUUAGGUUCCGGCCUCGCGUCUACGCGACUUAUGCUAAGGUGUCGUCGAGUGAUAGUGCCAAAUUAAUCUUUGCUGUCUAUUCAAUAAAUUAAAAAUCUGAA